UAUCAUUAAGUUAACAUAAAAAGACUCUUAAGCAAAAAAAAAAAAGAUAAAAAUAAAAAAAAAAUCGUAAGAUAAAAAUUUUAACUCACACUUACAAAUCAAAGCUAUAAAUCCUUCCAAACACACAGCUCUCUUCACCUGAUUAGUCUCAAGUGCAAUCAAAACGUAGUCACUUGACUUGCUAUAUAACGCUCCACCACAAAAGAAGCAAAAUAUCAAAUUAAAAUUUGAGGUAAAUAUAUUACCUUGAAUUAAAACAUUCUUUCUAGAACUAAAAAAAAUAAAAAUAAAGUAGAAUUUCAAACGUAAUAUAUCUAAGUUGAAUCUUCGAAAUUUUCGCUCCAGCAGCAGGGGUUGUAUAAUGGCUUUAAGGCGUAUGCUUGGGUAUUCGGAUGGAGAGUUGAUGAGAUCAGAUGCAAAACCCUGCUCAAGGCUAAUGAGACAAACAGCAGGGAUUUUUUCUGUUGGAGGAGCAUUGGGAUUUUGGAUUCUUUGCAGAUUGCACUAUGGUCCUAGAAUCACAGUUCCAAGAAGUCUUAGAUGGGCAACUUGUGGGGCUAUUUCCGUGAGCUCAAGCACAGCUUUGCUAGUUCGUCUAUUUAGUCCUGAAUGUGAACCACAAAACAUAGCUGCCUACGAUAAGAAGGGAUGAUGUUGCUUUUCUUCCGAGAUCAGUAUGUAAAACUUAAGCAUGAUGAUGUCCUAUUUCAUUUAUGUCAAAGCCAUUUAAGGCUUCUCCUUCCACAGGCAUCACACGUACGGCUGCCUGUGUUAGCAAGGGGAGAACACGCAGCCGUAAAUGCUAAACUAUUUUCUGAGAGCCUUUAUUUGCUACCAACUGUUGUAUCAACUUCUAUCGAGUAACAAUGCUGCAAGCAGUUGUGAAGUGAUGCUUAAUCUGUCUAAGUUUUCUACUUACAACCAAUUCUGUCA